ACAACGCCGAAUCCUUUUCACUGAGAGAGAUUGAUCAGUUUUUUGCUCUCAAAUUUAUUUUCAUGCCGUGAUUUUGUUGUACGGUCAUCAGAAUACAGUAUCGCUUGUUGGUUUCAGCAUGCUGUAAUAUGUAUUAGCCCCUCAAAGCUACAAGGAAAUAAAAAGGAGAAAGAAAAACAUGGUGCUCGUAACGGGACCUGCUUUUGCAAAACUCUUCCGCACACUUUUGCCCAAAAGUUCGACAAAAACUCAGAUUCGUUACAUCUAUGCCGUCUGCAAGGAGGAGCCUUCUAAAAUUCUAAAUGAUGAACUUUUAAUGAACAAGCUGACAUACGAACGAGCAAUUGAGGAAAAAGAGAUAGAGAUCCAAACGUGCGGGAGUUUAUUUCAAAGAUGGCGGAAGGAGAAGAAGUAUUGGACAGUACCUAAAGGAGACAUUAACUUCAAAGUGAAAUAUAUUGACACCGGCUACCAGAACUGUGAUCCAAAGGUCUCUCCGUUAGUACUGGCGCUUCAUGGAUCGCCUGGAUCGUACAACGAUUUCAACUCGAUAACUUCCCAUCUUUAUGAUCUUGGUGUUCGAGUAGUAUCACCCUUAUUUCCUGAUGGCAAAUCUCUUAAUGCAAAGGUGUUUAGGCACACACCAGAAGAAAAGUCAGAAUACGUAAAAGAUUUCCUUUCAGCACUGAAUAUUCCAAAGAUAGACUUAUUGAUUUGUCACAGCAGCGCUGUUUUUCCUGGUCAACUGUUAUGUUUGGAAAAUAACCAAAUAACAACAAACGCCCUGUGUUUGCUGAAUCCAACAAGUUUCGAAAACCCAAGAAUGAUGAAACCCUUUUCGUUAAUGAAGUUCCUGAUACGAUUGUAUGAGUUCCCGAUUGGAUACCAGAUUACUAAAGCUGCUGCUAAACAACUGGAGAAAAAAACGGGGUUAACGAAAGGAACAUCUGGCGAUAAUUUUUUCUCGGCAUUUACCAUGGUUCAUUCGUCCAUACCUCAGCAAAGGAUUCACUUUGAAAAGCUACUAAAAAGGAAUUUUCCUAUUAUGAUGGUAUACAGCAAUAAUGACAAGCUAAUACAUCCUAAUGAUUCUUUAAAAAUGGCUAAAAUGAUGGUGCACGAAGAAGAAAUCCGGAGAUUUGAUUCUGCUGGAAAAGUGACCAACGUGGGUGGAACAAAUCCGUUCAAAAAAGUUUUGUCCUUUGAAAAUGGCACCCACUUUGUCUUCAAGAAGCAACCAGAAAUGACUUCAAAGGCCGUGGCGUCGUUUCUUUUUGAACAUUUUGACAGUCACAAGCAACAAUGUAAACACAAAUCUCUGUCUUGGGAGCAUAUCCCCCAUGUACCUUGGCAAACAGAGAAGUAAGCAAGCAUACAGAAAGUAUGAAAUGAGUUCGUGUUUGCAAAUAGUAAAACAUAACGUUUCUGUAAUGUAACGUUUAUAUGGAGUGAUAACUGAAAAUAUUUGUAACAAAACGUUUAUAUACAGUGUCUUCAGUGAUAAAAUAGCAACAUAACGCUUAUAUGGACAACGAAAAAGUAGUAACGUAACAUUUAUAUGGCGAGAUUCCAGUGAAGAAGCCUUUAUAAGGGGCGAUUCCUGCAAGGAAAAAAAAAUAAAGGGAGUACACUCAAACAUGUUUUUGUGCGGUCUUUUUUUUUUUUUUUUUUUUUUUCGAUUUUUAUUUUAUUCAUUUUUUUAUUUUGUGCGGUACAUGAAAAUUUCAGUCAAAUUGUUCUUCAAUUGACGAAAUUAUUUAUAAAACAAGUGCGAGGUAGUAUCUUCAAAUAACAAAAGUGAUCUUGAACCAGUUUACCACAAGAAAGUUCCCGUAUUGUCAGACUGCAAAGGAUACUGGUCGUGUAUACGUUUUGAAAAGUGUUGUAUGUGCAAAAUAAGAACAUGUGGGAUAAUAUUGUUAAAAAUAUUGACAUGUGCAUUUUUUAAGCCAGAUUAUAAAAGGUUCGGCGAGAUUGCAAGUAGCUGCUGUGUCUUGAAUUCGUUUAAAGUAACCCUUCGUAUAGUUGUUUCUUAAGUUUUUGGGUUAUUUUCUACGUGAAACUAUUUUUAUAAGGACACUAUCCAUUGCAUCAAAAAAAAAAAAAAAAAAAAAAGAAAAAAAAACUGUAUUGCAAAAAUUAUUUUUAUAGAUACUCGUGAAGAUUUAAGCGAUUUUUUAAUACCAUUUUUUAUGCGGUUCCUAUUCACGGUAUAAUGUUUAAACUAUAAUGUUUAAACGGAGUGAUUCUCGUGUAAUAAAAAGUAGAAUAACAUUUGUGUGAGUGACUUCUGUGUAAUAAGUAAUACCAUUAUUUAUAUAAGUGAUUUCUGUGAAAGUAAUUUUCUUGUGUUAAAAAUAUCAUCUGCAAUCAAGAUGGUUUAUCAUGCUUGCUGUUUUUCUGGGAAAUAAUUUGUUUUAAACUCAGUUGAUAUGAUAUUGUAUUCACCCAGUAUGAUUUUCAUAUAAAGUUGCAAAUUUCAUCUAGA